AAACUAUAAAGAAGAGUUGCUCACUUAUGUAGAAGAGAAGACAACAGAGGCUGAAGUGAAGAGAUGUCAUCCACCGAAUCACAGCACCAAACAUACUGGUGCCACGAAUGCGACAUGAGCAUCCACCUCCUCUCCACCACCGCUGAUCCCCUUGUUUGCCCUCACUGCCUCCGUGACCAUCUUGAAGUGAUGGAUAACCCCACCCCCACUCCCACCACAACCACCGACACUAACACUUCCUUCCUCGACAGCCCCUCCUUCCGCCUCUUCUUUCUCCCACUUUUCAACUACAUCAACCCUUCCGAUGAUGGUAUAAAUGCCACACUUUCCCUCUCCAUAGACUCCAUCCUUCCCACCAUCAAAAUCACAUCUUCCCUUCUGGAGGGAAUGGAUGACGACCCAGUACUUCUCUGCGCGGUAUGCAAGCACCAGUUUGUCAUCGACAUCGACGCAAAGCUCCUCCCCUGCAAUCACUUGUUUCAUCCUGACUGCAUUCUUCCUUGGCUUAAUUCCAACCACAACUCGUGUCCUCUCUGUCGCUUCCAGCUUCCUACACCAGCAAAGAACGAUAGAACGGUGGUUCCUACGAGUGAUUCUUCUUCUCGUUUGUCAUCCACGUUGCACAUGAUGCAAGUAGAAGAACCUGGACGUUUGAUGAACUGCACAGGCAGCUUUAAUAAUGUUGGGAUGGAAAUGGGAUACUCUCAUCAGGAUGCUGACGAUUGUUCUUUCCCUGAUGUUGGGGUUUUAUCCAACUAUUUUCCUUUACACUUUUAGGUGAUUAAAAGUGUUAUUUGAGGUUUUUGAGGGCUCACAUCUUAAAGCGGUUUAAUUAAGUGUAAAUUAGAGAUGAGUGAUCUUGAUACUGCAAAUAACGUUUGAUGGUUUGAAUUUUGAAGGGCUUGCUGGGAGCCGGGAUUUUGUGAUCAUACGUCGGUUUAAUGAAGUGUAAAUCAGCAACAAGACGAUCAUUCAAAUGCAAAAUAACAUUUUAUGUUUGUGUAUUCUCCCAUCCGCCCUCCCUCUCUUCUUCUCCCGAACAAUAUUGUGUAAGCUAAUAUGUACUUUUGGGACUGUAUUUUGACCAAUAAAUAGAAAGGUAUUGCAAUUUGCAUGAAA